AUGCCAAUCUGCCAGAACUCCACUUUCCCUACUUUCCUCCUGACGGGGGUCCCUGGACUUGAAUGGGCCCAUGCCUGGAUCUCCAUCCCCUUCUGCUGCCUCUAUUUAACCGCCCUUUCUGGGAAUGCCUUGAUCCUAUUCGUAGUCCUCACUGAGCCCAGUCUCCACGAGCCCAUGUACUACUUCCUCUCCAUGUUGUCCACCACUGACAUUGGUUUAUGCAUCUCUACUCUGGUGACAGUGCUCAGAAUAUUAUGGUUCAAUGCCCGGGAGAUCAGCUUCAAUGCUUGUUUAUCGCAGAUGUUCUUCAUUCACCUCUUCACUUUCAUGGAAUCUUCAGUGCUUCUGGCUAUGGCCUUUGAUCGUUUUGUGGCCAUCUCUAACCCCUUGAGAUACGCUACCAUUCUAACUCAUACAAGAAUCGCACAGAUCGGUUUGGCAGUCAUUAUCCGGGGAGCGGCCAUUUUGACACCACUGGUCCUUCUUCUUAAGCGUCUGUCCUUCUGCCACAGCCAUGUGCUCCGCCAUUCUUACUGCUUCCACCCUGAUGUGAUGAAACUCUCCUGUUCAGACACAAAGAUCAAUAGUGCAUUUGGACUAACCGCAAUCAUCUCUACUGCUGGGGUGGACUCCAUCUUCAUCCUGCUCUCCUAUGUCCUGAUCAUUCGAUCAGUUCUCAGCAUUGCAUCCCCAGAGGAGAGGAAGAAGGCCUUUAGUACCUGCCUUUCUCAUGUUACUGCUGUGGCCAUAUUUUACAUCCCUUUGAUCAGCCUGUCUUUUGUUCACAGAUUUGGAAAACAUGCUCCACCCUAUGUGCCCACUCUCAUUGCUAAUGUGUACUUGCUGAUCCCCCCUGUGAUGAAUCCGGUCAUCUACAGUGUGAAAACAAAGCAGAUUCAGAAAGCUGUGCUCAAACAUGGACUGCAGACCCCAAAAUCACAGCCUGCUCUUCAUACGGAACUCGGCCGUUGCCACCGCUGGGGCAUCGCAGCGGACUGGACAGCCACUGCAGGGCAGAUGCCACUGCCGCAGCCGCUGCAGCUACUGCAGCCACCGCCAGUAGCGCAUCGCACCACCCAGAACAGAGGUGAUCCACGACUUCAGAUCUUGAAGCCCCUUCAGGGAAGAUCUGCUGGGAUCACUGCCACCUCUCUGCGACCAAGACAUGCUGUACGCCGUGAGUCUCCUGCCUGUGCCCUGAGGCAGGCAUUCAUCUCCAGUCUCACGGGUUCCUGUCUGGCCCCACCCGCUCUGGGGCGAGGAACUGAGAUAGCACCACCUGCUGGCAAUUCAAGGUAA